AGCAUUUGUUCGUCAACAUUGUUUACAAUUAUGGAUAUCACUUGUAAUACAAGAAAAAGUUCCUGUUAAACAAUAUCUUCGAGUAUUUGAACUCGGACUUGAUCGAUUAAGAGAUAAAGCUUGUAGAGUUCGAAAACAUGCAGUAACACUUGUUAUGCAUAUGAUUCUUAAUAAUCCUUAUUUUGUUAUUGAUUCAACUCGAGCUCAAAUUGAAAAAGGACAAAAUGAUGCUAAAAGAAAAUUAGUUGAACUUCGUCAAGAACUAGAAAAAUUAAAUAAAAAUAUAAAAGAAGAUAAAAAAAUGGAAGAAAAAAAGUCUCAAUCGGAUGAUGAAGAUAGUGGAGCAGAAGAUAAAACUAUUGAUGAAGAUAAUGAAAUGAAUGUUGAUAAUAAUCAAAAAAAAGAAACAGAAGAGAAUAAAGAAUCAAUUGAAGAACAAAUAAUGCGUGUUGAAGAAGUUGUUACUUUUUAUAAAGAUGGUUUUCGAUUUAUAGAUUUAAUUGAACAAGCAAAUCAAGAUGUUGUAAAUUUAUUUAAUUCUCCAACAUUAGCUGAUUGUAUACAAGCUAUUGAUUUUUUUGUUAAUAUUCGUCAUUAUCGUCUUACCUGGCCAAAUAUGGAACAAAUUUUACCAAUUACACAAGCUUUUGUUAAAAUUUGUUUUGAUUUAUCACCAAUUAUUCCUCAAAUACAUAUUCCUUUGUAUCAAGCUCAUGCUAUAAUUCGUGCUCUUAAAGAUGCAACAUUUUCGGAAGAAUUAUAUUUUGAAGAAAUUCUUAAACAAUUAAUAAAAGAAAAAAAAAUUUCUACUAAAGCUAUAACUGAAGCUUUAUGGAAACUUUAUAAAUUUCCAUAUGAUGGUAAUAGUGAUGUUAUAGCUGGAAAAAUUCUUACAUUUAUCGUUGGAAAUGAAGUUAAUACAAAACUAAAUGAUAUAACUGAUCUUAUUCAAACUAAAGAAAAAAAUCAUCGUUUUGUACAUAUAUCUUGUUUACUUUUACAAUUAGCGGCUACACCAAAAGAGAUUGAAAAUGGUAUUCGACCAAAACAAUUUCGUUUACCAAAAACUCAUCGUCUAUUUGAAAUUCUUGGCAAAAUUAUUGUGUCAAGUAAUAAAAAAAUUAUUAUUUCAUUUUAA